UGUAUGUGGAGCGGGGCGGUCGUGGCCCGUUCUGUUUUUUUUUUCCUUCCCGUUAUCAUUUAUUUUAGGUUGUUAGAAAAAAUGGCUUUAAAUCAGGACACAAUUUUAACCUUUUUAUUGGAGCACGGCGGCAAGGUUACAAACGCAGAACUGCUGAACUGUUUUAAAAGUCAAAUACACUGCGGCGAUCCCGCGGGAAAGCAACACAAUAGGGACUUGUUCAAGAAGUUGGUGAACAGCGUUGCCGUGGUCAAACAGAUCGAUGGUGUCAAGUUUGUGGUCACAAAGAAAAGAUUCCGGGACUUUGUGAAGGGAGACGGCGAAGGGCUGAAAUCGGGGGACGGUGGUGCCCAUCAAGACCCAUCACUCCGGACCGCUGCUUCGCCUCUCCACAGCACCGAUCAAGCCGAGUCUGCAGAAAUACUGCACAACAUACAAAACAACAAUGCGUGCUAUUCCUUCAAUUUAAGCGGUAAUUCCAAGGAUGACACCAUAUAUAAUCAUUCCGAGGCCAUGGCUCUACCGAUUAAUAGAAACAGCUGCACUGAAAAUGAGCAGUCACUGAAGAUCCUUAAUAUUUCAAGUGAUUACGUGUGUAUAAAAGGGGAAAGCGGUGCCGUCUUUGCUGUUGUAUCGGUGAGUUCACCCCCUCGUACCCCGAUACGACCUCAUGAUUUCAAUUCGGAGACGCCAUCUGAAUAUACAACUCCAGAUAAGCCAUUUCCAGUCAAGUCCCUGUCACAAACAGUACCAGCCGUGAACCGCUUUUGUCAAAUAUUUGAGAGGAAUACACACGCGUCGAAAUCUUGUGAAAACUUAACGGAGCUGAUGUUAAAUGGCCAGGGCUCCCCUACAGAUACGGGGUCCCAAAGCUCCAUUACGAGAAAAGUUGAGGAUUCAGAUUCCGUUCCUUUGGAUCCAAUCGCUCACGAGUGGCUGGUCAAGUGUAGUGCAGGAAUGUGGAGGCACGUUUACGGGUUGCUUUUACUGGACACACAGUUGGUGAACAAGAGAGACUUCUUGUCUGGCUUCACAGCCCUCCACUGGGCUGUAAAGGGGGGCAACGGCGAGAUGGUGCGCAAGAUCAUGGACAUCUCCAAGAGCAAAGGCACCUGCGUGGAUGUCAACAGCAAAACACACGGAGGCUACACACCUCUGCACAUCGCGGCCCUCCAUGGUCACAGUGACAUCAUCACUCUCCUGGUUCAGGGUUACGGAGCCAGGGUCAAUGUAAGGGAUAACGCUGGGAAGAAGCCCUACCACUACCUGGGGACAUGUGGGACGUUGGAACUUAAAGAGCUUCUGGGUGGGAGGCAGAGGGAACACUGCAGAGACCCAUCCGAAGAGGAGGAGUACAGAUUGCUGCUGCCUAAAGGCCUGAACACUAUCAGUAAACUGUUUCAGCCCCACAUGGGGCACCGCAGGAAACACAGACACCAGCAGCCACCAGGCUUUGCUGUUUGGGAUGGCUUUUAACAGGAUUGUAAAACAAUUGAGGUCAACAUUUAACAGUGUCAAACUUCCGACAAAUUGUCCUGGGCCUCAUUUCAAAGCGGAUUUGGUCCAUGAGUAAAUUUUUUAACAUUGUAAAAAAAUGAGUAUAGCCACUAUAGUAUGUAUAACGAUGUUUGUAUUAAAAUCUCUA